AUGUCGUCCCCGGUGCCGCUUCUUCGGCCGCCAGUCCCUGGUGGGCGAAGCCAGAGCGGUAGUCGGACGCCUCGCCUCACUCUCGGGAUUCCUCCUUCACCAAAUGUCAAACCCGUCCAUCCUGAUGCCGAACAACCUGCAGAGAUCCCCAGAUUUAGUCUUGCCUCUAAGGGUGCCCCCAAAUUGUCCCUAGCAACGCCGAUGGGCAGCCAGGGCUCGGUGCACGAGGCUGGAGUGUUCAGACCCUCGAUACAACCGCUAAAUAUCGCUGCUGUGCAUGGGAAUGACAAUGCCAGCCGACCUCGAGGGGACAGCUUCCAAGGGACAAGCGUUCCAGGCUCCGCCUCCUCAUCCACAUACUCUGCCCUCUCAUUCACACUCAACAACGGCCGACAAGCCGGCACUCCAGAUCCCUCCUCUGCGAUCAGUUCAAUAUAUUCCGAAGUCGGUGGAGCCUCCAUGGAAAGAGAAGGGAGCAUGAGUGGACUAUUGGUUGAUUUAGAGAAACUCAGCUUAGAAAAAGGGAGGCCACUCGAUGUCGACGACCUAGACGAUGAAGGGUGGGGUGCUGCAAGUGAGCAAAGGAAAAUAAUUGAACUCGGUUCCCUAGGGGAGGGUGCUGGUGGUGCUGUCACAAGGUGUAUGCUACAAGGCGGGAAAACCGUAUUUGCAUUGAAGAUCAUAACCACGAGUCCCGAUCCAGAUGUCAAGAAACAAAUUCUUCGAGAGCUCAAAUUCAACAAGAACUGCACGUCCGAAUACAUUUGCCAGUACUAUGGUGCCUUCAUGGACAAAUCCUCUAGCACGAUAUCCAUAGCCAUGGAAUUCUGCGAAGGCGGGAGUCUCGACAGCGUGUACAAAGAAGUGAAGAAGCUCGGAGGCCGAACCGGAGAAAAGGUUCUAGGCAAAAUUGCCGAAGGAGUACUCCAUGGGCUUACCUACCUCAACAGCCGUAAGAUCAUUCACAGAGACAUCAAACCCUCCAACAUUUUACUUUGUCGAAAUGGCCAAGUCAAAUUGUGCGAUUUCGGGGUGAGUGGAGAGUUCGGCACUAAAGGUGAUGCCAAUACCUUUAUCGGAACCUCAUAUUACAUGGCUCCAGAACGAAUACAGGGUCAAUCCUACACUAUCACUUCGGACGUGUGGUCUCUGGGCGUGACAUUACUGGAAGUCGCCCAACACCGAUUUCCCUUCCCAGCAGACGGGACUGAGAUGCAACCUCGUGCGGGCUUGAUCGACCUCCUCACAUAUAUUGUCGCCCAACCAAUCCCGAAAUUGAAGGAUGAACCCGAAAACGGUAUCAAAUGGAGUGACAUGUUCAAAUACUUCAUCGAAUGCUGCUUGGAGAAAGAGCCGCCCAGAAGAGCCAACCCAUGGCGUAUGCUAGAGCAUCCGUGGAUGACGGAGAUGAAAACCAAGAAGGUCAGCAUGUCCACUUUCCUCAAGCAGGUCUGGGAUUGGAAGGACGAGGAGUAA